GCAGUCAGUCGUUCGAAUCGCGAGCCGCGCGUCAGUGCUCCAGCGGACGCGAUCGCGCGCGUACGUGUCGUCCCGCAGCCUCUUCCCAACCGUCGUCAUCCGGCGAGAUUGCUCGUACCGUCGCGGAGAAGAACGCGAUCGUGUGGCCGAGACGGGUGCAUUCGAGUGCUAAUUGAGAGAAAGAGAGAGAGAGAGAGUGUGGUGCAUGUGAGUGCGAGGGGAGAAGAAAUCGUGCAAGUGGCAUCCGUUGGUUUGCGGUGGAAGAAAGGGGCGAGUGUGCGAACGAGCGAGCGAGCGAGCGAGCGCAGCGCAGAACGGAGCGGAAACGAGUGCGACGUGAAGUUGUCCCGUGACAUACCGAGCGUUCCCGGCGUUCCUCGCGAGCUAGCGUCGUUUCCCCGAGCGCGAGGAGCUCUUUCCCGUGGAAUCCGAGAGGCAGACCUGUGCUGUGUCCGGUGCGGCCUCGCGACCGCAACCUUGUCGCGACGACAAUCGACGUGAUAUCGUCCGAAGAGGAGCCGAAGGUCGGAACGUGUGAGAGUGAUCGUUCGCAUUCUCUCCUCUUUCGCCACUGGCGUUUGUUCCGAAAAGGGCAUCGUCGCUCGGGGCUCGCCGCUAUAAAAUCGUGAGUCGCUACCUGAUAGUGUGAUGUACUCAGUGCGCGCCAUUCACGGCCGUCUCGUCGGCACACCCGCGUGAAUUCCACGCCGACAAUCGAAUACGUGAAUCGUGUGCUACGUGGCGGACGGAGUGCGCGCGUGUUCGCGCCCCCAGUCGAGCAUUUCUCGUCGUUCACUGGCCGGUUCACUGUCACACGCACGACAUCCCGCGUAUCACGCUCCGUCGCUCACGGCUCGCGUUUUCAAUCAAGUUGCGCGUUGUUUUUCCCGCACACCGCCAGGGCGUAGACAGGAACGCGGCGAGAGGAAUAUCACGUCGAUUAUCGACAAUUAUCGCCAUUGUUAUAAGCUCGGAUUGGAACCCGUGAGCACAAUCGGACGCUAACGUGUUCCAGUUUCCUGAGCUGACGCGGCGCAGAGAGGGUGAGUGAGAGAGAGAGAGAGAGAGAGCCAUCGAUAAUAAUCGACUGGCAGAUCGAGAACGUGCGCGCACCCAAGCUCGACUUUUGCCGGCCCGUCGUGGCGAGCAUGCAACAGCCUCGUAUGUGACCUUUUGAAACGCAAUCUGCACGGCCGGAAUCGCGCGAUCGUGUCAGGGGCGGUCGUCCACGACACAACUACUGCCGCUGCUGCUGUUGCAUCGGCGAUCGAAGCUUGGCGCACGCGAAGCUCCCGAGGAUUCGUCGCUGGUCGUCGCAACAGAGCGAGACUCGUCUCGAAAAACGGCCUGACGAGCUUCCAGAUAAGAAUAACAGCCGGCGAUAAUUCGUGCGGACACGCCGAUCGUCGACCUCACCGCUCCGUAUCGCGUCAUACAUAUUUUAACGCGAUUAGCGCGCACUCGAUAAUCGCCGCUCGUUUCGUCGAUACCAACUCCGGACAGGAUUACUGGAUACGCACGGGAGAGCUAAACUCCAGCGGGAAACGACUGCGAUUGGAUACAUAUAUAUAUACAUAUAUAUAGAGAGAGAUCGAUUUUGCGUCGAACGAGAGAGCGCAAUACUUGGACAUCUUAUCGGAUACUGCCCAUCGUUCUGUGAUAAAACCUGUGAUAUCCUGAGAUUUCAGCGGGAUCGUCGAGAGAGGACAUCUCUUCCUUCGUCCCCGGAAAUCGCUCAUAACCGCGGGGCUCGCAAUCGGCUGUCGCUUUAACUUCUCGUCGGGUUUGCGGUAUCUCCGAGGAGCAAUCUGAGGAGGCAACCGUUGCACCGGUUGCGAGAGAACUAGGAACAAAAAUCGCAUACGCGCCGCCGUGCUCGAAUUACGUACAACAGGUGGUUCACAACUCUGCCAAUACGAGCGCAACGUCCGAGACUCCGGGCGGCUGGUCAAGCUGCGGCAAGUGCCUGGACGAGAUGAGACUUAUGCAAAGGUUAGCGAUCAGCGGGCUGCUGUCCGUGAUCCUGAUCCUCCUCAUCACCGGGACGUUCGUGUCGCGACGCGAUCUCGCGAACGUCGUCGACCGCGGCGUCGCACCGGAAGAACGAAACGAACAGGUGAAUCCAGCCUGGGUGCAGGACAAUGCGGUGCCCGGUCAGGAUGAGCCUGAAACCGACGACAAGGAUAAGGAUAAAGAUCGACGAUUAGACGCCAAGCACAGGCAGUCUGAGCCGUCGGCGGUCGGGCCGCCUUCCGCGUCUGUUCCUGGCAUUUACGUCAUUAGGCCGCCUAAUCCGCCUCUGGACGAUGUGACUAAUCAACGACGUGAGAAAGUUAAAGAGAUGAUGAAGCACGGUUGGGACAACUACGUGCGGUACGCGUGGGGAAAGAACGAACUGCGACCGAUCUCCAAGAGGGGUCACAGCGCCAGCAUCUUCGGGGCCUCCAACAUGGGCGCGACCAUCGUCGACGGACUCGACACCCUUUACAUCAUGGGUCUUCACGACGAGUUCAAGCAAGGGCGCGACUGGAUCGCCGAGAACCUGGACUUCGAUAUCAAUUCCGAAAUAUCGCUGUUCGAGACGAAUAUUCGUUUCAUGGGAAGUCUGCUCGCCUGCUACGCUCUCACGGGGGACGUGAUGUUCCGGGAUAAGGCGGCGCAGCUCGGCGAACGGAUGCUGCCUGCCUUCCAGACGGAAACCGGAAUUCCUCAUUCCCUCAUCAACCUCCAUACCGGGGCCAGCAAGAAUUACGGCUGGGCGAGCAGCGGUUGCAGUAUUUUAUCCGAGAUCGGGACGAUGCAUCUCGAGUUUACCUACUUGAGCGAUAUAACGAAUAAUCCAGUGUUCAAGAGCAAAGUCGAGAACGUGAGAAAGGUCCUGAAGAGCUUGGACAAGCCGAGAGGACUCUACCCGAAUUAUAUCCACCCAAGAACGGGCAAAUGGGGUCAACAUCAUAUGUCGCUCGGCGGACUCGGCGACAGUUUCUAUGAGUACCUGCUGAAGGCGUGGAUUCAGUCGGGCAAGGAGGACGUUGAAGCACGCGAAAUGUACGACGAGGCUAUAGCUGCUAUAACCGAGCACAUGAUCAAGACGUCCCCUGGCAAACUUGUAUAUGUAUCAGACUUAAAAUAUGACAGGCUUGAGCACAAAAUGGGUCACCUGGCUUGCUUCGCCGGCGGCAUGUUCGCUCUGGGAGCUAAGACGCUGAAAAAUGAUUUAUCCGAUAAGUACAUGAGCAUCGCCGCCGGUCUGACGAACACGUGUCACGAGUCUUACGACAGAAGCGUUACAAAAUUGGGCCCGGAAGCUUUCCACUUUAUCGAAGGCAACGAGGCCAGAAGUCUAAAGAACGGCGAAAAAUAUUACAUCCUGCGACCUGAGACGUUCGAGUCGUACUUUGUGAUGUGGCGACUAACAAAGGAUCCAAAGUAUCGCGAAUGGGGUUGGGAGGCGGUUCAAGCACUGGAGAAACAUUGCCGGGUCCCCGGGGGAUUCACGGGACUUAACAAUGUUUACCUGGCCGACUCGGCGAAAGACGACGUCCAACAAAGUUACUUUUUUGCUGAAACAUUGAAGUAUCUCUAUCUACUCUUCAGCGACGAUGAUCUCAUAAGUCUAGACGACUGGGUAUUCAACUCUGAGGCUCACGUGCUUCCCAUCAAGGGUAAUCCUCUAUACCGCCCGGCAUCCCCCUUAUAAGACGGACAAGUUUACAACAAUUUGGGCGACAUCAACUCUUCUCAGUUCGCAGUAACGAAGUCGAAAAAUAAUACACAAUGGAUCAGAAUUAUAUAGGGACUACAGAAUUUAUAGGGACUACAGAAUUAUAUAGGGACUACAGAAUUUCAUUUUAGAUUAAUUACACUUAACUUUCUGGACAAUUAUUUUUAUAAAGCAUCGAAACAUAGAUCAUAAGAGACAACUCGACACUGCGAUUAAAAUGCAAUUAAAUUCAGUUUUUGUUCAUCCUUAUCGUAUAUGAAUACUUUAUAUUUGAAACGUAAACUAUGCAAAGUCACGAUUGCAAAAACAGAAUUAAUUUUGUAAUGCACAUUGUGACUAGUGUUCUGAUUCUGAUCCAUUGCGUGUGAUAGCGUAGUCGCGAAUUAACGAGGAUUAAAGAGGAUCAGUCGGCCCCUCAUCCUGAUCGCGUGUAGAGCGAAUGAUACAUUUUAAAUUAAAAUAUCUAAAUAAUUAUUUUAAGUAAAUGAAAGCGCGCGCACGAGAGAGAGAGAGAGAGAGAGCUCGAAAAGAAUGAUAGCGAAAAAGAACAGAAUGAAAAUGUUAACGAACGUUAUUUAAGCCACACGUUUGUAAAUAGCAAAAAAACAAGUGAGAAUGAGAGAACGAACGAGAGAGCUAUUAAAAAUGAGAAAAUAUGUAUGAAUGCUUCGCCCAUUUCCUUUUUCCAGCCGCAGCAUAAAGCGGCCCACCAAUACUUAAAUACGUAUUCGUGACGUUGUAGCUGUACGUCCUUAACAUUUUUAACAUUCUCUGAUCAUUACGGUGGGAGAGUCAAUGAUUCAGUUUCGUUUCAUUCUUUUUCGUUCGAUUCUUAUUUUUCUUUAGAAAAAGACUACCCUGCCAGAAGUGCGCCAAAAAGCGCUUAAUUAAGACUGGAAGUUUUGCCUCGUUGUAAUUGAAAACAAAAUAACAUUGAUCGCAUCGACGAACCAAAUUGUUAAUAACGCAUCCAUGAUGUAUCUAUUGCGAAUGUCUGAUGUCAAUAUCUUUCUAAGCUAUAUAUUUGUUCUUGACGUGUUAUAUCGCGUACAAAUUCAGUGGAUUGUCGUUGUUAAUUGAAACUAUGUGUAAACUGCUUUUAUACAGCCAAUUAAAUAAGGACAAGUUUUGCAUCGAUAGUAAAAAAACGUAAAAAAAAAAGAAACGCCAGUGUAAACUUGUUUCAUAGCACUAGAACUUCAAAAAUAAAACUGUCAGUCAAUCAAAAAAAGAAAAUGGAAAAAAGAGGAAUAGUGGUAAACGUUUAGCCAGAAAACGUUUAGUCAAACCAGCGUUUUUAAAAAAUGCUCCCGCGCAACGUUUUGUAACGUUCACACGCGUCUCUUUUCGCGAUUUUUAUCGACGUUCUUCGAAAAGAUUUUGACCAUCCAGCGUUUUGCUAUACCCCGAUCCUUCCUCCCGCCCGUCUAUUAAAAUUGCCGAAUAAAGAGAGAAAAAGAGAGAAAAGUGCAUAAAACAACUGUCAUUCUCAUGAUUACGAUGCGAAUGUGCGGUAUGAAUGUUCUUUUUUCCCAUUCUUCUCUUUUACGGCGAAUAAAUCGGAAUAAACAGAAAUAAAGGGUUAGCAGCCCUCAUCCUCCCCCCUCCCUCUCCCCGGAAAGGGUGCAAAUCGAAAGCACGGAUGCGAUUGCGCGCGUUCACGACGAACGACGGCGAUCGUCGUGAGUCAGUCGAGUGUAGUUGUAAAGCAAUGUAGCAGCCGAGUAACUAGCAAAGUCUGUAAUAAGAGGUAGACGUGUAUAUAAAGAUUACAAGAAAGUCAUAUUCUAUACGAGGAGUGCGAGAUGUAGAGUGGAAUUGUAGAUGAAACACCGUGUAAUUGUAUAGCGCUUGUGUACCGAACGGAAAAAAACGGUCGAUUCGUAUGGAUCGGCCUCUAACGAUAUCUAACAAGAACGAAUUGUGCAAAGCAGACAGCAAUGUACGUACGUUUCGAGGACAUGCAUUUUCGCGGUGUUCAGGGUCGUACUUAUAAUUAUAAUUGCUGCUGCGGGAGAUCUUUUCGAGAACAGUAACAGCGAUAAUCAAUUUUGUCCUUAAACAUUGGUCAUAAAUAGACUCUGAUUUUCUACAAUCCCACGUUAAAACGAGCUAGUUUUGUAAAAGAUUUUGCUCCGGUAAAUCUGACCCUGAUGGUGUCUCUAUUGAACUUCCGAACAAUCAGUCAGCAUCGCACUCGCCGACGACGGGAACGGCCGGAAAGUUACUUAAUGUAUACAUAGUGCAUCCUGCAGUUCUCGCGCUACGUUUUCCGCUAAGAUGAAGUUCCAAAGGCACAGGCUUCGAAACGUCAUCUUCGACAGAGGCGCGAGACAAAGAUUAUAUACAUAUAGAGAGAUUUAUACUAUGCGGUUUACACAACACGCGCAGAAAAGCGCGCGCGUGAACACUCACUCUUACGUGUCCGAAAUGCUAGCGAAAUCUUUAGAAGCGCGACUAUGCAUUGAGCUUGGCGCGCGAUAAUCGAUAAUGAUCAUGUUGUCGUUCACGUUCACGUCACCGUCGGAUUUCCAAGAAGUUCGCGUGUUCUAAUUGUGAUGCUUGUUACACAUCAAACGCAAUUUCAACGAUCGUCUAACGUUAAGCGUCUGGAGAGGAGUUGCAUCAAGCCAGUUGGUAGCUAAUUUUCUCCUUGAACUCCCGUCACAAAUGAGACUGUGAUCCCGGAAGAAGAAACGAAGCAAUUGUCACUUCUUAUCAUGAUUUAUCACUCGCAAGUGUAAAAAAAUGGUAGCUUAUACAUUCCGCAUGCGUAGAUCUACGAUUCUUCGCGUGUGAACGUCCGUGCACGAAUAAGUCGCGAUCAAUCAGCUAUUGGUGCAACUCACUCGAGAUAACUCUCACAAAAACGAUGUACAACGUCUCAUCCGAUCAAAUGUCACGAGCAAGAUUCAUUUUGUAACGCGUCAUCACAGAUUAUCAUCCGUGUUAAUAACUAGACAUGGAAAUCGACGAGGUAUUGCGGUAAGUCUUCUCAUCGACAACCAUUCGCGAAGGAGAAGUGUAAUGAACGUUGUACACGUGGUGCAACAGGCGACCGUGUCUCAAUGUGCGCCUUGAUGUCGUCGAAUUAGGAAGAUGCGACGUGAAACCUCGUGAAUUUCCGGUCGCUAUUGACAACAUGAAUACAGUAAGCUAUAGGCCGUGUCUAUGUGUAAGAAUAGUCAUAACGACACUGACAGAACGACAGCGGGAAUAGCAGUAUCCGGCGACGAUGAGAUGAUAGUAAUAACGAUAGCCUAUACAUACAUUUGUGAAUAGAUAUUUAAUAAUUUAUUGUUAACUAGAGUAUUUUACUUCAACUACUUCAUUGAACGGGGUUUUGGGUACAAUAAUCUUUUCUUACGGCGGAAAUGACACUGAUUACGAUUUGCUUUGAAUGAUUUGAGCGACAAUGAGAAGUAUGACGAAAUGAACAAAAACUAAACCUUAGCUUUACUCGCCUCAAUCUUUGUACGAUGAGCGAGGGCUAUACGCCAGAGAGAGAAGAGAAAUAUAUAUAUAAAUAUAUCGUUGGAGAAGAAACACAUCACACACAGACACACACAUGAAGUUUAGUCGAAUACGAACUAUACCUGUAAAUACAGUACACGAUCUAGUGAUAACGGGGUUUUACUUUUAACAGCUUUACGUGAUUAUUACUUUGUCAUGAUCAGUGAAAUAAAUAAAUAUUGAUAAUACGUUAUAUAUAUUGCAAA